UUGACGUCAUUAAUAUGCGACUAAUAAACUACAAUCUCCAUGUGAACUCUGUCAAAGGGUUUAUUUUCAGAUAUUGCGUUUUGUUUUACUUUUAAAUUUUUUUUAUACAUAAGCAGCUGUAGAAUAAUCUGCCAUGUCGUUGACGAAGAGUUGUCGUUUUUGUUUGGGGUUGUUUCCCAAACAAAGGAAUCCCCAUGUGUUUGGAUAUUUAGGGUCUCCAGUGAGAUUGAUACACGGAGGAUGCCGAAGAUGGACAUUUUCUCCUUCACACACACCGCUGGUUCUACAGAAUAGCUUUUAUCCAGACAGUUUGGGUUUUCGGCGGACAUUUAAAACGGCUGUAGCGUCAUGGAGCGACGAAGUUGGCCAAAUUCAGUCAGGUCAUUAUCAUUUGGUUUAUACAUGCAAGGUCUGUUCGACACGUUCAAUGAAGAAGAUCUCCAAGAUGGCGUAUCACAACGGCGUUGUUAUAGUAACAUGUGCAGGCUGCCAGAACCAUCACAUCAUUGCCGAUAACCUUGGAUGGUUUUCUGAUCUGGAAGGAAAGAGAAACAUUGAGGAGAUUCUUGCAGCCAAAGGGGAGACGGUGAGGCGAAUCGCGGACGACGCUGCCAUAGAGAUCGUUGCCGAGGAGACGAUUAAAGAAGCGAUGCAGAGGAGCAAAGACGAGCAGAAAGCUCCCGCGGACGACGUGGAUAAAUCGUGACUCUUCUGACAAAUCUCUGCUGCAGUCAUGGACGGUAUUAAUUUGACUGUGGAUACCAUGUAGAAAGUGUGUAAAUCUGCUGUUGUAUAUAAAAGUGUUGAGGAUGGAGGACUUUCCAGUUUCUUCAUAACGUGACGAGAAUUUUUUUUUUUUUGUCUCAUUCACUUCAAUCGGUGGGGGGUGUGUGUGUGUGUGUGUGUGUGUGAAUGUUUAUAGCUGCUAGAACAUAAGUGAUAACUGGAGCUGACUUGUUUUGUGGACAUGAUAUCUUCUAAAUGCAAUUUUUGUCAUUGUUUUGGAGGACACUAACUUAUAGAUUACUCGAAGGCUAAGAUAUUCAUACCAAAAGCCACAAAACUUUCAUUUUGAUUUCAUGGGAACUUUAGUAGUAUGUCAUUAUAUAAGUAUACAGUAUGUACAGGCUAAGAAUGGCUUUGUUUGGAACAGUCAAUUAAAACUUGUUUGUUUAUUAACACAGAAAUUUGGCUGUAACCGAUAAAACCCUGAGCUUUGACCCCAGCUUGUUAGAAUAUACAAAGAAAAGAAUUUCACAUUACUGAA